AUGAUUAUCGAGACUAAGAAUCUUCUGGGUCAAGACGGGGCCAAAAUGUCCAUAGACAGCGGUUUCAGCUCUGCAAACACCAGCUCCGAUCAGGAAAGUCGCUCUUGUCAGUUUUGCAUAGGGCUCCGCGAUGUCGCGUCUCUGACCAAAGGCCAGCAGAGAGAUGGAAUUGACAUCCGCAACCUCCUCCAGGUGCACAUGGGAUUUGACAAGAAAACACCAUUUGCAGAGGCGUCCAAGAUCUAUCUUGAGCAGCACUACCCAGAAGCAGGCGAAACACACUACUCUCUUCCAUCGGGAUAUCUCCUGAAAAAGGAUGACUUCGAGGGUCUCCUUUGGCAUGCAAGGGAACAGCUCGACAAGCCUGAUGGGGAAGAUGUGGAACUUCCACGAGAUCAUGCAGCUUUUGCUGAAGUGUUCAUUCGAGCUAAGGACUUCUGCUGCUCCUAUCCAUCGCUACUCGUUACUGAUUAUAAGUUUUGCGAGACAUUCAACAGACAAAGAGCAUUUCAUCGAGCCCUCUCUAAUAUCCCAGCCAAGGAACGGAGAAAAAUCGAGGAAGAAAUCCCUGUUCUAGAAGGUUCUCAUGAUAUUUUCUUGUCAUAUCCCUGUGGGAAGAGGGUUUAUAAUAUUUUCUUCCAAAUAAUGAAGAUUCCCUCAGGAAGUAAACAGAAGACAGUGCAAAAAAGCAUGCGCAAGGCCAUCGAAAAGGGUGAGGAAGACAAAGCCGUAUUCACUACCGUGUGUGGACCGUUCCUGGAUCCAGCGGCUAUCGUCGUUGCCUUCCCAGCCUUCCCCUCCAUGGAAAGAGAGAGGUUGAGAGAAUUCUUACAGUGUGAUUCGUGUUCUGGGAAGACCUUAACAAGAGAUGAUCUCAUUAUUCCGGAUGACUUUCGAGCGUUCCUUCAAAGGAACAAUGUGGUUGGACUGCCAGAAGAAUGUUCCGAAUGCCCAUCCGCAUAUUCCAAAGCCAUUGACGAACAAAUGGAGAAAACCUUGUGCCUACUAACCCCGGAGCAGAAGAGGCUCGUGGAUGCCGACGAGAAGUCAUCAUGGCUCCUGAUAAUCUCCGGAGGGUCAGGAACGGGGAAAACUCUAGUUGUGAAAGAAAGGGCAAAGCAACUUGCACAGCGUGACCAAAAUGUGGAAGUUUUGGUGGUGAACCUCGCCGGAGGACAACUCACUAAAGACUUCCGUCUGGACCUUCAAGAUGAAAAGAAUAUCAAAGUUCUGGAUGGCAGAAAAGAUGAAAUUCCGGAAGACCGUGAGGGAAUCUUCAAUUUCCUAUGGGGUCAAGAAGGGAAGCACGUCCUUCUUGAUGAGGUCCCUCUUACUCUUGGAAUCAGCGAUCACAUGGAUGAACGAAGUCUUUCCGAGCACUGGGCGGAAAUUUCCGGUCUCAAAGGACGCGUUAGGAGUCUCACCAUUGCGUUCCGUCCAAAUGAUGCUACCUAUACUAGGGACAUCGAUCUCCAGGGAGUGGUCAUUGUGACGGAUGAUCAAGUUCUGGGAUAUCAUGAGAAUGACGUUAUUGCAAUUCUGGACUUUCCCAACUGCAAGUGGAGGAAUUAUUCCCGACUGAUAUCCUCCUGUCAUGACAAUGUGAUCAUUGUCAUGGAGAACGAACAUUUGCAAACAGGAAAAUAUUCCCAGCUGAAGAUCAGCAUGCCAGAAUCAAUAAGGAAGAGGAUACUGACCGACUGGAGAAUGGAUUCAGAAGAAUUGCUGGGAAGCUUGAGGGAAAAAAUUGAAAUGGCUUGGGGGAGGGAUGAGAAGGAGUUUACACUUUUGGACGAGGAUGUGUUUCCCAGAAGGUCUGAUUUUAUUCAAUUUAAGACAAAAUGGCAUCCAUUUCAGGAGGAUGGUCUCCAUCUACGCAUUGCAAGGAACACAUCAAAAUUCAUAGCGCUAUUCGGUCCACCUUCUUCAGGGAAGAGUGCGGUAUUGUUAGAAAGCAUCCACGAUCUUGCUCAUCAAGCCCGCCGAGAUAACCAUCGCAUUCUCCUGCUUCACAUGGGGAGCGCACUCUGUUGGCAAAUAUCUCUAUAUCAUCUUCAGGCUGUCGCGGACGUAGUUGACGUCGUUAAAGCAGCUCCAAUGUCGCCCAGAGAUGUCAUCGGCAAUGCCCGAGUGGACGAAUUGAUGUGGAAGUGUCCAACUGCAACCAUUCAUAUACACGUUGACGACUACCCCAUCCUGACCAAAAAUACUGACGAAGAGAUUAAACUUUGGACAGAGGUCCUGAGUAACUUGAAAAAAGGUGACCGGAAACUCACGUUGACUAUUGCCUUUCAGUCGCACUCAAGUGUAGACCGAGAUAUCUCCCUGGAUGAACUCGGCUCAUUUUUCGAGAAACAGACGGUGAAGGUGUUCACACUCAAAACUCGUUCACACUGCACAAGCCACAAGCUACUCUCUCACAUCUCAAGAAACGAAACUCGCAACCCCCUGCAGCUGGAGGCCAGAUGCCUUCCCACUGCCUCUCGCUCAGGUGCCUGGAUCGAAGGCCUCAAGCCGAAGUAUCUCAAAUGUUCAUACAAAUGCACUGGCUAUCAUUUACAGUAUGCCUGCAAUGGACAGGAGAAUUACAUCGGGGAAAUCCGUGAAGAAACUCUCUUCAAGUUAAAUAACAUUGGGAAGUUCCUAGGGGGGGCAAGAGCGGGAUGCAGCAAUUGCGAGGACUUUUCAGACCUUGGACGACUUCAAAGCUACGAAAGAAGAGGAAACCUGGACAUACGGAAUUACCUUAAGGUAUACAAUGAGGCUGGUAAAGAGCAGCCUCUGAAGGACGCCGAACUCGAAUACAUUCUUCAGCACUACCCUGAAGCUAACACAAAAGCGUAUUCCAUACCCGAGGGAUAUAUUUUAAGUAGAAAGGACUUUAAAGACUUGAAGAAAGAGGCUCUGAAGGGCAAGGAAGACGUCGGCAUGCCAUUGGAAAAGCUCUCCAUUGCCAUGGUGUUCCACAAAGUGAAAGAUGCAUUCAAGGAUCUGCCCUCCCUCACAGUGGCCGACUAUGCAUUCACAGACACAUUGCUUAAGGAGGUCCUGAGUAACUUGAAAAAAGGUGACCGGAAACUCACGUUGACUAUUGCCUUUCAGUCGCACUCAAGUGUAGACCGAGAUAUCUCCCUGGAUGAACUCGGCUCAUUUUUCGAGAAACAGACGGUGAAGGUGUUCACACUCAAAACUCGUUCACACUGCACAAGCGACAAGCUACUCUCUCACAUCUCAAGAAACGAAACUCGCAACCCCCUGCAGCUGGAGGCCAGAUGCCUUCCCACUGCCUCUCGCUCAGGUGCCUGGAUCGAAGGCCUCAAGCCGAAGUAUCUCAAAUGUUCAUACAAAUGCACUGGCUAUCAUUUACAGUAUGCCUGCAAUGGACAGGAGAAUUACAUCGGGGAAAUCUGUGAAGAAACUCUCUUCAAGUUAAAUAACAUUGGGAAGUUCCUAGGGGGGGCAAGAGCGGGAUGCAGCAAUUGCGAGGACUUUUCAGACCUUGGACGACUUCAAAGCUACGAAAGAAGAGGAAACCUGGACAUACGGAAUUACCUGAAGGUAUACAAUGAGGCUGGUAAAGAGCAGCCUCUGAAGGACGCCGAACUCGAAUACGUUCUUCAGCACUACCCUGAAGCUAACACGAAAGCGUAUUCCUUGCCCGAGGGAUAUAUUUUAAGUAGAAAGGACUUUAAAGACUUGAAGAAAGAGGCUCUGAAGGGCAAGGAAGACGUCGGCAUGCCAUUGGAAAAGCUCUCCAUUGCCAUGGUGUUCCACAAAGUGAAAGAUGCAUUCAAGGAUCUGCCCUCCCUCACAGUGGCCGACUAUGCAUUCACAGACACAUUGCUUAAGGACCUUGGACGACUUCAAAGCUACGAAAGAAGAGGAAACCUGGACAUACGGAAUUACCUUAAGGUAUACAAUGAGGCUGGUAAAGAGCAGCCUCUGAAGGACGCCGAACUCGAAUACAUUCUUCAGCACUACCCUGAAGCUAACACAAAAGCGUAUUCCAUACCCGAGGGAUAUAUUUUAAGUAGAAAGGACUUUAAAGACUUGAAGAAAGAGGCUCUGAAGGGCAAGGAAGACGUCGGCAUGCCAUUGGAAAAGCUCUCCAUUGCCAUGGUGUUCCACAAAGUGAAAGAUGCAUUCAAGGAUCUGCCCUCCCUCACAGUGGCCGACUAUGCAUUCACAGACACAUUGCUUAAGGGUAUAAACCAACAGCAGAAAAACAAAUUUAUCAAGAUGUUUGGAGUCAACAGUGAAGACCUGGAAUCUGGUGUCCAUGAUGUAUUUGGAAUCGCCAUAUCCGGCCAGGAAAUAUUAGGACUUUUCUUUCAAGUUAAGGCAACAACUUCCAAAGCAAACAUCAGG